CAGGAUCAGGUCACACACCAACCUGGCUCAUUUCAGGAUGUCAGCUGAGCCCUGGCAAGCAACCAACAAAGGAACAAACCCUUCACAAGCAACAGACUGAAAGUCCCUUGGUUAUCCCUGGUGGCACAACCUGAAACAUCAGCUUCUUCCCCUCAUAGGAACUUCCCAGCCACAACAACCCCUUUUAUUCUGCAUUUCUGAUCCAUUCCCCCUAGCUGGUGCUCACAGAAUCCCAGGAUCCUGGUGCUGGAAAAGCCCUCCCAGCCCAUGGAGUCCCAGCUGUGCCCGAUGCCCACCUUGUCCCCAGGGCAGAGCCCUGAGUGCCACGUCCAGCCCUUCCUUGGGCACCUCCAGGGAUGGGCACUGCAAAGCUCCCUGGGCAGCCCCUGCCAAGGCCUGAGCUCCCUUUCCACGAAGAAGGGGUGAUAUGCUAAUAAUAAUUCUAAUAAUAAUGUGGAUUCCUGAUCUGGCUCUUGCACUGGAGCAGAGUCCCCAUCUCAUCCCCUGGUACCUCAGGACUCAAAACCUGGUGUAUGUAUUUAAACAUAAAUGAAGACUCUCCUGAAUGGCUUCUGAUCCCUUCAACAGGAGCUCCUCCUCCUCCUUCAUCCUGGUGGGUGUCCCUGGCCUGGAAGCUUUCUCCACCAGCCUGGGCAUCCUUUUCUGCUCAGCCUACAUCGUCUCCAUGGUAGGAAAUGGGGCGGUUUUGCUGGUCCUGGGGCUGGACAAGGCCCUGCGGGCCCCCAGCCAUUGCUUGCUGGGCAUGCUGGCGGUCAUCGACGUGGCCAUGGUCACAUCUGUCAUCCCCAGGAUGCUGAGCGUCCUCUGGCUGGGCUCUGCCGAGAUUGGCUCAGUGGCCUGCUUUGUGCAGGUGUUCCUGGUGCACUCCACGACAGCCGGGGAGUCGGGAGUGCUCCUGGCCAUGGCCAUUGACCGCUACCUUGCCGUCUGUCACCCUCUGCGGUACCGCUCCAUCCUGACCGGCCGAGCCAUUGUCCAGCUGGGCCUGGCCAUCGUGCUGAGGGCUCUCCUGUGCACGGUGCCCCUGAUGGCGCUGGUGACGUCCCUGCCCUACUGCGGCUCCCGCCUGGUGCCCCACUCCUACUGCGAGCACCUGGCCGUGGCCAGCCUGGCCUGCGCCGGCCCCGGGCCCAGCGGCCCCUACAGCGUGGCCUGGUCCUCCCUGAUAGUGGGGACGGACCUGGCCUUCAUCGCCGUGUCCUACGGGAUGAUCCUCAGCGCUGUCCUGGGGAAGGAGCCCGGCUGGAAGGCCCUGAGCACCUGUGGGUGCCACCUCUGCGUGGUGCUGCUGUUCUACGUCCCCGGGAUCGUGUCCAUCUACUGCCAGCGCUUCCCCGGCGCCGUGGCCGCGGGCACGCGGGUCCUGCUGGCCGACCUGUAGCUGGCCCUGCCCGCCACGCUCAACCCCCUGGUGUACAGCGGCAGGAGCCGGCAGAUCCGCCGGGCCCUGCUCAGAGUGCUCUCAGCCAGGAGGGUUUGUGCCUGAUGCAGGGUCUGUGGCUCUCCAGGCGUGUUCGUCUCUGCCAAGGCAGCCCAGGGAGUGCGGGAGGUGACAGGGGCCGGGAGACUUUAAUGAACUUUAAUGAGCUUUAAUGAACCCCUGCUCCAUAACGAGGGUAUUUGGGACUGGGAGCAAGAGCACACUCCAGGCCUUCUUCCCCUUCCUCCUCUCCAGGUGGUAGGAGCAGCAAGAACCCACCUUUGAGUUUAGAGAUGUUCCCAGUGCCAGGAACAGCCCUGUGAUAAUUUCAGGACUCCAGGCACAUCUGUGUCAAUGCACAGAUCCUGAUCCAGGUGGAGAGAUUUCUUCUGUGUUGUCUUCUUUAGCCCCCCUGGGCUAUCCCAGAGGUUCUCCUCUCUGGGCCCCUCUUGCCUAAGAGACUGAGAGGAUCAUGGAUUGUGGCUGAGCCCCAAACAGCUUUUCCAGGUUUCUGGGUGUUGGUGGAAACUGAGCACACUCAAAACUGAACCCUCCAAAGCCCUCUGUCCCUGCAGAGUCACAGAAUCACCAAGGGUGGAAGACACCCAGCUGGCUGUGAGGGUGGAAGAGGAGUGGAGGGAUGGGGCUGUAUCCACCGGCUGCUCCGGCACUGGCACAGGCUGCCCAGGGAAGUGCUGGAAUUACCAUUCCUGGAAGUCCAGGCAGUGUGUGGAUGUGGCAUGUGGGGACAUGUGUUAGUGGUGGGAUGGCAGUGCUGGGGGAAUGGCUGGGUUUGAUGGCCUGGGAGGGUUUUUCCAAACUUAAUGACUGUGAUUAAUGCAAGGAUCCCAAAGGAAAUCAUCAAACACGGGGUGUCCAGACACAUCUGGGGCAGAGCUCCACAGGUCACCCCCAAAAUCAUGGCAACGCAAGAGCUGGGUGCAUCACAGUUCAUCCCUCUGACCUCUUCUGGGUGGCUUGGAGCAGCCUGGUGAUGUCUGAGAGCUUCCACGAUGCAACAACCCUGCCCAGAGCAGCUGGGGCUGCCCCUGGAUCCCUGGCAGUGCCCAAGGCCAGGCUGGACAUUGGGAGCAGCUGGGACAGUGGGAGGUGUCCCUG